UUCUGGUUUUGAUGAGGGUCAAUGUCUAGCAGUCAAAAAUGAAGAAAAUAUAAUUUUGGAAAAUAAAUUGGAAAAUAAUUUGUUAAAAUCAACAGAUAAUUUACAAACAAUUCCAAUUAAUUCUGAUAAUUCAAAAAUGGAACAACCAAAACAAGGAGUAAAAAGAAGAAGAAAAGUAAUUUUGCGUAGAAGAUUGUUAAGAAGGGGGGAUAGAAGGAGUUCUUCUAUUGUUAGCAAAAGUAUAGGUAGAGGAAGAAAUUUUUUAAUUUUAAAUUUUCUUCUGAAAAUUUUUUUUAAUUCUGAAAAUCUAAAAUUAUCAAUUUAUAAGCUAAAAAACAAAAGUCCGCAAAAAUUUGUCCGCAAAAAAUUUGCGGACAAUUUUUGCGGACAAAUUUAAUUUUUGCGGACAAAAAAUUUUUAAAAAAUUUUUCAAGUUAAAAAAAUUUUUUUUAAUUUUAAAAUUUAUUUUUCUCUCAAUUUUCAGAAGACAAUAAUACAACUAAAAACAAUUCAAAACAAAAAAGAGGGAAUAACCCAAGUUCCACAAUGGCUGUUCGCCGAGUAAUUUGGAAAAUAGUUCCCUUAAAAAAGUUGCCUGAUAAUGAAGAAAAUGAGGAAGAAGAUGAAAAUUUAAUUAAUUUAAAUAAUAAAAAAAUAAAUC